AAAUGGAAAACAUUCAAGUGGCAGACGAGCAGAAACCCGAUGCAGGAGGAGACCCGAACAGCAGCAGCAGCAACAGCUCCACAACAUCAUCCCAGCCAGCGAAUCCUGGCGAGGAAUGCGGCUGUGUGCGCCUGGGCAAAUGCAAAUGGUUCAAUGUGGCCAAGGGCUGGGGCUUCCUAACCCCCAACGAUGGCGGCCAAGAGGUCUUCGUGCAUCAGAGUGUCAUCAAGAUGUCUGGAUUUCGUUCGCUUGGCGAGCAGGAGGAGGUGGAGUUCGAGUGCCAUCGCACGGCCCGCGGCCUGGAGGCCACCAGGGUCUCGGGUCGCGCGGGGGACGAGUGCCACGGCAGCACCUACCGACCACGCAUCAAUCGUCGGACUCGCCGCAUGCGCUGCUAUAAUUGCGGCGAAUUCGCCAAUCAUAUCGCCUCCGAGUGCGCUCUGGGGCCGCAGCCGAAGCGCUGCCAUCGGUGCCGCGGCGAGGACCAUCUCCACGCCGAUUGCCCCCAUCGGAAUGUGACACAAACCAGCAGCAGCAAAAGCCUGGAGGACACGGAGCAAGCCCCCGAAGGGUGAGAGAGAGCUAGGUAGGGCCUAGUGGGGUGUCACAGGAAGUUACAAACUUCUUUGAAGAGUACAAAAAAUGCAAAAUUGAGCGAGAAACGGAAAGGAAAGGAAAGAAGACAGAACGGAGAAACGCAUCAAAUCAAAGAAACCCAACGUACAACACACACAACACAAGGAAAUCUAUCUACACGUUUAAGUGCAG